AUGUUGACAAGUAUUUUCCUCGUUCUUUGUUUAUUUCACUGUCAUUUUAAACAUUAUCAUGCUGAAGCAUCUCGUAUGUUCAAUAUUGAACAAGACAAAAGAGAAUUGGGCAUACGAUUUAAACAAGCUAUUACUGAUGUUAUGAAAAAACUUGAUGAUCUUAGUAUUACUUGUCCACCGAGUAGUUUUUUCUAUAAUGGUUCUUGUUAUUUUUAUUUGCCACCGAAACAAAUUGAUAAUUUAAAAGGAAUUGGAUUUGGUGAUGUAUCAGUUGAUGAAGGUUCAUUAAUUUACAGUUAUGGAUUUUUAUUUUUAUUUAUAUCAAUAUUUUAUAUUCUUUCUCGUUAUAUAUUUUAUUCAUUAAUUAUUUUGGAAUUUAUAUCUAAAUUAUUAUUACCAAUGAUAAUAUUCUUUUUAUUUCAAUUAUUAUUUGUACGUCUUUUAUGUAAAUUAUUAUUUAUACAAAAUAAUCAUUUACUUGCAUUACGUAAUCUUCGUCUUUAUUAUACAUUUUCAUAUUUUAGUUUUUUUUUCGAUUGUUUUCUUGGUUUUAUAAUGUGUUUAUCACGAAUAACAAAAGGAAUUUUUUGUACAUUAAUCUUUUUUGCACGUCUUGAUUAUUCAGCAUAUGGACGAGGUUUAGAAAUGUAUGAUUCAUCAUAUGCAUCUUAUGUUAGUUUUUUUCAUAUUGAAAGAAAUCAACGACAUCCUGUUUUAAAUGUAUUUAUUGAUAUUAUAAGACAACGUCUUAUUGAUAUAAGAAAAUUAAAAUUAAAAUUAACAAUGGAAAAUAUAAAUCAAACAUAUGAAAAUGAAAAAUUAUCUCAAUUAAGACGUUUUCGUUGGGCAUUAGCAUAUACAUUAAUUCAUAAUGAACAAUUAAAACGUUAUAGAAAACAUCGAUUAUGUUCUACAAAAAUUAAUCAAUCAAAAACAUUAGAACGUAUAUUUGAUAAAAUUGGUUUAUCACAAACAUUACCAAGAAAAUUUUAA